AUGGCUCCACGCCGCUGGCUGUGGCCCUGCUCCGAUUCACACGUCCUCCGACUGCCUGCAUACCAGAAGCCCACUCUACACGCCUGUCUCGUCCACCCCGAACACCCUGACCAUGUCCUGGUCCACGACUCCGACGAUGAUCUGGACGACGACUACCACACCGCCAAACGCCGCCGUAUCGAAGCCAUCGCCCAUUCCUUUCUCAAUGGCCAACCCAUCUACAUCCCGUCAGCCAGCCUGAAGGGCCCCUUCCCUGCAGAUAGAGACUUGUCUCUCUGCCACGAUCCUUUCUCAGCCUCCGACGCAGAACCGGAGCCUGUCUCCCCUCCACCUGCUCCCACCGCCGACUCCUUCAUUCGCAGAAGACCUGAGCAUCGCCCACAACAGAAGUCUCCAAGCCCUGAGCCCAUAUUUUCGCCCGACAAGUCGCACUUUUCUUCCCCAUCUGGCUCAGAGAGACCUGCUAGACGCCCGAAGUCUUCUCAUGACUCGCCUCGCUCCUCCAAGACCAAGUCUCUAAGAUUCGACCUUCCGUCUUCUGCACCCGUGCCUCCGACCCCUGUGCUGCCGCCGUUGCCCAAGUUCCUUGCUAUCAACAAACUUCCUGCCCAGCCCGACAAGCCGACUACUUCUACAGCCUCGUCCCGCCCUCCACCUCGCGUUCUGAUACCCGACUCAAGCUUCAUCUCCCCCAGUCCCCCGCCUUCCGAAUCUCCAAGCAAAGCCGUCGGCGUCUUGAGGCAGAGGCCCGCCUCGUCACUGAAUGAGGCCGAGAAAGCACCCUCAUCAAUUCAUAAACUCUCGAGCGUGAAGAAGAACAAGAGACCGAUCAAGCGAGUAUACCAAGCUGCUGUCACUUCCGGGACCACUUCACCUUUCAUCUACAGGAAAAAUGCAAUCCAGGCCAAGAAGACGACUGCCCCGGCUAAAGAGGAGAGGGCUAGAGCCGAUGGUGUUGAUGUUGGACCUAGCCCGGUGAACUUGCAGUCCAAGACUCCACUCUCAACCAGCAAACGUCAACAUGUUCUUUUCCAAUCUUCAAUCGACAUUUCCGAAACAAAAUCCUCGCACCCUCUGCCGACUGCUAUUGAGCCUGCGCGCUCCCCCGAACCUCUUCAGGAUCUUGUACCCGCAAUCAACAUGUCGUUUGGACAGGAGUCCUUCGGCAUGGACUUCAACAUGAUCAACCAUUACAAUAACUCAAUGACAGCUGCUUCAAUGAAAGAACGAGGCUUCGAGGAGCACCAGCACGACCAAGAGGCACCAGCCAAGAGCACUGUGCCUGCAACAAAUACCAACACUACGAACCUGGAAACCGAAAGAGCACAAUCCGGAGAGAAAGAACCACAAGCAGAAGCCUGGGAAGGAUACAACGAGAAAGAACCUGUAGCUAAGACAUUGCAUAAAAGUGAUGAAGAGGAGAAGAACUGUGAUUCUAGAGAGAGCUUACUGCCACACGACGAGGCCAAGGUGGCCGAUUACCCCAUGGCUGAUACAAUUGUCGACGAGGCAAGAGAAUUCGAGGCUGAGGUUGUGGAUGAGCUGCCGUACCUCAGCACUCAAGCGGCGAUGCAGGACGCCCAUCGCGCGCUAUUUGAUGCAUCUUCACCGCUGCAGCAGGAAGAAGAGGCUAUUCAGCUGCCUUUCGAGACUCCAGCCAAACAGGUCACCAGUCUCCCUUCGAGCCCGGUGCACGCCAUUACGCCGUUUCAUAAAUUUAACGCCGAGUUGACGACCGACACACAGGCUCCGCUGCCUAACACGCAGGCUUUGUUUGACGGUUUUUACUCUCCGAUCAAGUUGAGUACCAAGAAACCGAGAAUUGCGAAUCGAGCAAGUUUUGCUCCUUCUGUCAUUCCUGAGGAUCCAGACGAUACCGUUGCAAGUGCUUUCGACCUUCGAGAUGACACCGUUGCGCAGGAGCACAGCCAAGAUCGAAUGUCGUCCAACUCAGACGAAGUGGUUGCAGCCCAUUCGCCAGUGCCCACUGUGCCCAGUCCGGUGAUGCUUGAAGGUCGGACAAGUCCCUCGUUCCCUCAAGACCUUGCUCGUAACUCUCCGUCGCCGAGUCCGGCAAGCCGUAGCGAUUCUUCCGAUUUUAUACUUUCUCAGAAGACUCCAGCUUCUCCCAGAGAUUCGACUGGUCACAUCAUACCUGCGUUACAACAAGACUCGGUUAGUCUGUCGGAAAUGCUCAACUUCAUCAGUAGCCGGAGAGGUAUAGACGUUGAGACUCUACUUUCACAAACCACGCCAGUCUCCUCUGCCAGGAGUGUGAACAAGAAACAAACAUCCGCUCGCUCGUCUCAACGGAAACCUCGUUCAUCUCUGUCAAAGUCACGCUCGUCUCAACCUACGCGUCCACGAUCGUCUUUGUCUAAAUCCGUCCCUGAGCAGAAAACUGGUCAACGUCGUUCCACACGUCUUUCACUCUCACAACCAAAUCCUCGAACGGACGAUGCCGACGACGACUUUGAUACUGAUAUCGACAUAGACGGACCCCCAGCUACUCAACCUCAUCUGAACUUUGGUGAUCUAGGCCGUUCCUUCGGCUCGUUGUCCUCUACCGUCCUUGACGUGUCUUCCACAAUCCCUGACCCCAGUCUAGCAGUCAAUUAUGCGCAGCAAAAUGGAACCCCCCUUUCUCGAAAGGCCGCUCCAACACCCGGAAGUGCACUACAAAGCACAGGUCUGAUUUCGAGUUUCCAACAUGCUCAGAAGCAGUACAGCAGCUUGACCGACCUUGAUAGUACGAUGCCGGAUUUGCCACAAACUUUUUUGCCUCCAGUACAUUGA